AUCAAAGAGAAUCUCAACCGUUAGUCGAGAGAAACAAGAUACAGUUCAUUAUUGCCUUGACAGCAACAAACUCCAACACUUUCUCUCUGUAAAGAAAAAACCGCAUUCUUAGUUUCUUGAUUGACUGCAAAAAUCUUCAAACUUAGGGUUUCCCAUUAUUUAUACCCACUUCAAUAGAUUCGUUCCAGAAACAAGAACAAAACCCCCAAAUUUUGCUGCUUUCUCAAGAACAAAAACGUGUUUUUUAAACCAAAAAAAACUAAUUUCAGCUCAGAAAAGUUAGAAAUCUCUUGGUAAAAUUCUUAAUCAGGGUUGAUUUGCUUUAGGGUUUUGAAUAUGCAAGUAUUGAGGAGAUAUUGUACUGAAGCUUAGGGGCUUUGGUUAGUCAAUGGGCUGUUUUAAUUCAAAGGUUAGAAAACAGUUCCCUGGACACGAGAACCCUGUUAUUCUCGCUUCGCAAACUGCGUUCAGUGUAAGUGAAGUUGAAGCGUUAUUUGAGUUGUUCAAGAGUAUUAGCAGUUCGGUGAUUGAUGAUGGGUUGAUAAGUAAGGAAGAGUUUCAAUUAGCUUUAUUUAAGAACAGAAAGAAGGAAAACCUCUUCGCCAAUCGGAUUUUUGACCUGUUUGAUGUGAAGCGGAAGGGGGUGAUUGAUUUUGGUGACUUUGUUCGAUCACUUAAUGUAUUUCAUCCAAACGCACCAUUUGAAGACAAAAUUGAGUUUUCAUUCAGGCUGUAUGAUAUGGAUAGUACGGGAUUCAUUGAACGUCAAGAGGUCAAACAGAUGUUAAUUGCACUUCUAUGUGAAUCAGAAAUGAGGCUAGCUGAUGAAACCAUAGAGAUCAUACUUGAUAAGACAUUUUUAGACGCCGAUGUAAAUCAGGACGGGAAGAUUGAUAAAGCCGAAUGGCUUAACUUUGUCUCACGAAAUCCAUCACUGAUGAAGAUUAUGACCCUCACUUAUUUAAGGGAUAUUACCACGACAUUUCCAAGUUUUGUGUUCAACUCAGAAGUGGAAGAGAUAGCAACUUGAGAAUUUUUGUUACCCAAUGUUCUCUCAUUCUCUUGCGCACUCUGGCUUUCUCUUCUUAGCAACAUUCACAUUAAAAGGUUAAAAAUGAUUGGAUGUCUUAUGGAGAUUGUGUUAUUGCUUACAGAAGAAAUUAGGAGUAAACAGAAAAAACAGACAAAUAUUUUCUGUCUGUCAAUUAGUCGUAGUAGUUUCAUUAGCCCUAAAUGAGUAUGGGGUUAAGAAUCAAAUUGGUAUUUUAAUUCCCUCCCUAUUGGAGUGUUAGCAAAUGUAAUGAAGGUUUAGAGAAGGAGAGCGAGGAGAAGAUACACCGAGUUAUGAGGCGCAACACAUUAAGGUUACAAACAUGGGAUUGACGGUGUUUUCAGUCCAUUAUUGUAAAAAUGUAAGAAUCAUCUGUUCUACAUUUUCAUUCAUAUGGACAUCUCUUCUUGCUUGUGUUUAUGCAUUUGUUGUUAGAAAAA